GACUACACCAGGUCUUGAUUUUUUUUGGAGGUCAUCGAAUCUAUUUCGAUUACAUAUCCUCACUGGCAUCCAUUCUCACUGUUCUCUAUCCAGUUGACACACGUACGAAAGCACACACAGACUCCUCAUACCCAUUUAUACACACACGCACACACACACUUACACUUACACUUACACACAAAAUGGGCACCCCACCUGGCUUCGUUUAUCACCAAUUCACCUUCAAACCUAAACCACUGCCCAAAUCCGUCGAUCUCACCGGCAAGACCAUGAUCAUUACAGGGGCCAACGUAGGCCUCGGCCUCGAAGCCUCCAAGGAGAUGGCCCAGCACGGGCUGUCGCGCCUCAUCCUCGCCGUGAGGAGCGCCUCCAAGGGCGAGGCCGCCAAGCAAGAGAUCCUCAAGGUAGCCCCCAAGUGCGACGUCCAGGUCUGGGACCUUGACUACGAGUUGCCCGAGAACAUGGCCGCCUUUGCUGAGCGUGCCCGCUCCCUCGACCGUGUCGACAUUGUCAUUCUGUGCGCCGCUGUGAAGAGCCUUGAGUUUCAACUGUCCAAGGGCGGCCAUGAGAUGAAUGUUCAGGUCAACCAUCUUGGCACGGCAGCCCUGUCUCUGCUCCUCCUUCCAGUCCUCAGGGCCACCGCAG